CCCGAGCGGAGGAGGCCACGCCCCCCUGGCGGCGAUGUCGGCUGCACCGCGGAGAGGAGGGCGCGCGGGGAAGCUGCUGGCCGACCCAGACCUAAUUUUCCACUGUGUGUCUUGGAGGAUGAACGUUGGCUGUGGAGGUUCCGGGUGGCUUCUCCCCAUGGCCUUUCAAAGGUCUCAGGUCUGCUCGGAAUUGCCUGCGGAACAGGAUAAUUGAAGUGGAAAUGCCAUUCCGGGAUUGCAGCAUAUGACUGCUGGGACCGGCCUUUGCGGAAUCCUAGGGGCUGUUCGCUUCUGUGGUCCCUUCAGAAGGUCUGCUUGAGGAUGACCCUGCCCGGAGUCGGAUCCCUUCCCAAGUGGAAUCCUCGUGAAGCAGGCCAGGAGACUCAGGGGGCUCCUUCUUGCGGGACCCUCCCCAUCCCAAUCCCAUGAGGCCCUUGAGAGCAAUGGCCACGCAAGUUGAACUCGGCUCCAGCCUGACCUCGCUGGCCAGCAUACGCGAACCAAGGACCGAGGCCGUCUUCCGCCACUCCUUUCUCACCUCGCUGUCUGACUCCAGCCGGAAGCCCGGGGAGGGUCCCCGUGCUCUGGCCCUGCUCAUCCCGGAGGGCAGGGGGAACCCCAUGGGCCCCGCCACCAUGCCCUCCACCGCCUCCAGGCCACCGUGGACCCCCAAGCCCUUCUCCCGGGAGACGUCUUCCGACACGUUUGCUACGGUGAAGCCGCCCGUCCCGGCACUCAAGCCCAGCCAUGCCACGCCAAAGCCCCCCACCUUUGCCCAGACCUUUGAAGACACUGCCAAGGGGGCGCCUGGAAACAUCCCGCCGCUCCUGGAUCAGAAACCGAUGGAGAGCAGAGGCCCCCUGGAGCCGGUCGCCCACCUGCCCUUCUAUCUGAGUCCCCAGGCCAACACGGUCAUCCUCUUUGAAAGCAGAGGGCCGGCGAAGGGGAGGGCCGAAGAGGGAGGGUCCAAGGCCCAGGAGGGGCAGCUGCUACGCUCCCAGUCAGAGAAGUGGCCCCGAAGGCAGCCCUCGCUCUCCACGGACCCCAGGCCGGACUCCUGGGCCCCUCGCUGGAAGGAGGCCUUUGCGGGGGGCCCCAAGGGUCCGGCUACACAGCAGAGUCCGGCUCCGGCCACCGAGACACACUCCCAGGUGGGAGGGAGACCCGCAGCCUCGGCUGGCUUUGGGCGAUCCUGGCAGGAACAAAGGCAACCAGCUCCUCCCGAGGCAGCUUCCGGCCCAGGGUCCCCAAAACCGAAGCCGCUCCCCUUGGAUCUCACAGGCAUAUUUGAACCCCGGGAGCCCUCCUGGCAGAAGAAGCCCUCCCUGGCUGAGAGUGGAGAGAAGAGCUUCCCCGCAGCCGGCGACGGGGCCCUGGAGGCCACAGGAGCGAGGAGCGCAGCAGCCAGCUCAAGCGGGGCUGCCCCAUCUGGGCCCAGAGCGAAAAGCACCGGCCAGCUGGCUGAGUCCCCCCAAGGUUGUUUGCCCUCUGCUCCCCCGGGCCAGACCCUCCCGGAAGAGGCGGGGCGAAAGGGCGCACAGGAGGAGACGGUUGCGUGGGAGCCGGGGAAGCCCAGCGUGGGGCAGCCCAGCGCUAGCCAAGGGCAGCCUCUGGGGGAGAGGGCAGAGGUCCCUCCCCAGCAGGGCGGCUUAAGGAACGCCUCGGACGGCAACCACAGAGGCUGCGCUAAGAAGACCCUCCUGCUCCCGGACCCGCCAGGAAACCCUUGGGCUCCCACCGAGAGCGAGUCCCUCCGCGGCAGCCCCGGGCAGGAGACGGGGACCCUGAACAUCCAGCAGCGGAUUCAAGUGCUGACGGCGGAGAAGGCGGGUGCCAAGACAGGAGGCCUGCGCCGCUCCUUCCGCUCCCGGCCCCUCUCCACGGAUUUGACACAGAUGUUUUCUGGACCCGUGGCGGCAGGCGAGCUGAAGGCCAAGCCUGGAUGGAACAGGAAGCCUGCGAGGGAGAGGCAGGAGGCCCCAGAGGAGGAGACGCUGCCUGUGGGUGGAGCAGAUGGUGGAGAAGCCGGCAUGGCUGGCAGUCCCUGGAAGCCCCCGCUGCUGGCAAGGACACCGUCCGGAGAGGAGCCCCCCAAAAGAGUUGCCUCUGUGCCAGGGGAAGACCCCAGCAUGGUCCUCAGCCCCAAAGCCAGAACGUUGUCCAGUUCGUCCACUGAAGACUCCUGCCCCAAGACGGUCAGGGCAACCAUGUUUGAGUACCACGUGCAGAGACACAGCGUGGUGGCCAGCCAGAUUGGCCCUGAACCGGCCCUGGUGCCACCAAGGGUGCCCUUUGGAGGCUCGCCCUCCUGCGCUCAGGAAUUUUGGAAGGAGAGAAUGCUGGGAGAUGGCUGGGUGGCCAAAGCCUCCGUCCAGAAGGCCAAUGCGUCCGAGGAGGCCAGAGGACUCAGAGAUCCCAGGCCUUUAACCGAAGACAAAGGCUCUCCAACGUGGGCAGAAGACCCCCUGGGGGAGAAGGGGGAGCAGCCUGCUUCAAAGGGCAUGGAGGACUCCCUGCUGGCUCAAAGGAUCGAGCCCAGGUACGAGAUUCUGCAGACCGUGGGGGAGCGGGCGCAGAGCGAGGCAGUGGCAGCCGUCUCCGGAGGGAAAGCCGUCACUCUCCGCCGCCAGAGAUACUUGAAGGAGAACCGGAGAGCCGGCGGCUAUGGCGAAGCCUGGGGAGGGGCUUCUCCUCCAGGAAGAGGCCCCUUUAAGGACCACCCGGCCUCCCGGAUCCAGGCUGCUUUCUAUAGCGAAGCAACCGGGCCAGAGAGAAAUCGGGCCGGACAGCAGGCGGCCUCUUCCAAGAUGAAGGAUGACGGCAACUUUGCCCCACUGUUGGAAACCGAAAAGGAGAGGGGGCUUGCUCCUGCUGGGGUAACGGAGGGGUCCAAGGCGCUGGGUUGCACCCCGCAGUGGGCUGGAGCCAGGGCGCCCGGGGCCGAUGGCUGGGAAGGUGGGGCUGGCGUGCUUGAUCAGCAGACCAGCCGGGGGCAAAAUGCCAGCGGCCCAGGAUUCCUCUUCGGCCUGCACCUGAAGCCACCUCAGGGGCCGGAGGACUCUGAAGGGCAGGAGCGGCGCUCGACCAGAUCCGGAGCAGCCCAAGAAAAGUGGGAGGCCACGGCAGAAGGAAAGCAGCCGCCAGAGCUCAACAUCGGAGCGAGGUGGGCGAGCAGCUUCCGUGACGCUUCUGCUCCCAGAGGUUCAGACCGCUGGAGGAGGAAGACGCUGCCCCACGGCUCGGCCAGGCUUGAGGAGGCCCCCCAGGGCCCUGCCCAGUUGGCCAGCAGGAGAGGCACCCCACGCCCGGCGGAGGAGGGCUCAGCGGCCAAAGGAAGCUCCCAGACCCCCUGUGGACCAGAGCCCAGGCAGCCGGAGAAGCCGCUCUCCCCUUCAGAGCCCAAGGCCACGUACUUUGCGGUCACUUGCCAAAUCUCGGAGAUCAAUAACCCGCCCAGAGCUGCAGCGGCUCCUCAUGCGAGCGCUUGCAGAAGAGCCUCUCCCUUCUCGGAGGGAGGGAGCUCCCCAGCCAGGCCUCUCAGCAGGCGCAGGGGAGACACGGGGGCCUCGGACCAUCUGGAAACGGGGGCUUCUCAGGCUCCCCCAACCCAGGCUGGAGAGCAGGAGCAGGAGCCACAGAGACAGCCGGAGGCCUCAGCCGCAGGGCGUCCGGCCAGAGCUGACCCGCUCCUCUCUCCUGGGCCAAGGUCUCCUUCCUACUUGGCGCCCCUCCAGCCGGAGAGCCAGCAGAAGAGAUCCGGCGCACUCGGUCUGGGUGUGGAGGAAGGGGAGGAGGAGGAGGAGGCCCCCCGUCACUACAGGUCGAGAGUGGUGGACAUUGAUGAGCUGAUGGCAGAAUACGGGGGAGACUCCCGGAAGCCUCGUGCCUGGGAGGGCCGGAGAGAGAACAGCUUCUUCCCUUGGGAGAAAUCGCCCCCCAGGAGCAGCCUCUCGGGGAAGCCCCCCUGCAGCGCUGACCAGGGAGAGAAGACCAGGGGGGAGCACUCCCUGGGCAGCAAAGGGCCGGGCACCGAGGGCAGCCGUGCGCCUGGGAGCCAUCCACGGGAGAUCCACCCCCAGGAGUCCAGGGCCAGAGAGGGGAAGUGCAGCCCUCCUCAGUGGGGGAAGCCGCCGGACGCAGAGAAGAAGCCACAGCCGUGGUCUGCAGGGCCCUCCGCCCCAAAGACGAAGACACCCUUUCUCGCUGGCGGGGAGCAGGGAGGGGGCACCUGGCAGAGUGCCAGAGAUCCCAGUGCCCCCCCUGCCCGUGUGGACCCGGGAGGCUUGUGGAAGGAAGCCAGUCUGAAGCAGUGGGCAGCUCUGGCCCCCACCGGCGGGUGGAGCCCCAACAGUGACUGGGGCGGUGGCAAGACUGGGGGGAGAGGUGAGCCCCAGGCCGGAGUCUGGGAGACGGGCCCUCCUGCAGCGCAGCCUGGAGCGGAGCGGAGCAGUGCCACCGCAUCCCCAGGCUCCCCGCCGGACAAGGCCCAUCGGGGCCCAGCAAGGCUCAGCUUUCCCUCGGGAGCCAGGCUGGACCAGAGCUCCGUCUGCCAGCGGUUCUCUCCCGAAAGGCCCGGGGGCUGGCUGAGCAAGGGAGGCCCGUCGCCCGGGGACUGCUCCUCCCACGGAGGCACAAGGGGCCUUGGGGAAGGGGGCCUCCGAGUGGACCGUGACGAUGCCACAGCCGCCAAGCGCUCCCCGUUCCCCGUCUCCCAGCGACGGAGCCACAGUUUCUAUAACGAGAGGAGGACCGACCACUGGCCGGGGGGCCACUUGAAGCAGUGCUUUGGCCGGCCGUCAGCAGCAGAGGCCAGGGACACCGACGUCCUCGUGCAGGAGGCGGACCGCAGUCUCACCCCGGAGUCUCCCUCCUCCUCGGAGGGCAGCGAGGCCCCUGCACAGAAGCCGCCUCCCAGCCGCCCGGCCUCCUUGCACUCCACCCAGAGGGCUCCGGCCGCUGACCAACGGGGCUCGUCCAGGGAGCAGAGGAGCCACAGCCUGGACAACUCCAGCCACCUCCAGGCAGAGCCGGCCUCCCCCACCACAGAGAAGGACAGCCCGGACUUCUCCUUCCUGGAGCAAACUCCCCGGCUGGACUGCGGGGUCCUGAAGAGCCGCGUCCUUCUGGGCAAAAAGCUGCAGCAGCACCGGGCCCCCAUCUCCCACACCCUCCGGAGGGGGGCCAGUGGAGACCCCCAGCCGGCCCCCAUCGCUGCGGGGGAGGGAGCAGCCAGCGCCUGGAUGUUCAGGGACUGCACAGAAGAGAAGCCCCCCAGGGCAGGGGAGGAAGAGGAGGAGUCCCCUCCAGCAGAGCGGCCGUUCCCUUCCCAGCCGCGGCUGCCUCUCUUUCCGGGCCUGGCCCCCUCCGCCCUCAAGGCUCAACUCAGGAAAAGGCCCGAGUCGGAAGGGAGGAGGGAGGAAGCCCCCCCGGCACCCCUCUGCAAGUCGCCCAAAGGUCCGUUUCCGGCCAGAGUCUCCGGGGGCCGGGCACUGGCGGCCACCCCCAAGAAGGAAGGGAGGCCGGAGGAGCUGCCCCCCGCAUGGCUGACGGAGCUGAAGUCCAGGAGGGAGCAGGGCCAGCCCGAGAGCCCCAUCUGAGGUCGAAGCCAUGAGUGGCCGGAGGAGGAGCUGCCUUAACUGACCGCCGCCCGUUCCCUGCCCUCCCGAGGCUUCCUCUCGCCUUGACCAGCCGCUGCGCGCUCAGUGCCUUCCCCUUGGGGCCCUGCCUGGCUCCAGCCCCGGAGGACCCCCGGGAGGGGCCCAGCCCCACCGCCCUGCCUCUGAGGAGUCGAGGCGAGGACCCGGGAUCCGUGGGAGGGAGAGGCCUCCGCCUUCCUCUUCCUCUCUGCAGACGGGGGGAAACGGAUCCCGCUGGCUGCCACACCGAGGAGGAAAAGCCGAUUUCCCCAGGAUCUGUUUCUGACCGGCUGAAGGGAGGCGCUGGGGGUUUGCUCCUUGGCCAGGGGGCAACGUGGCUCCUUCCUGUGGCUGUUCAGAGGAGGGUUGUUUUGUGGGAGUUUUGUCCCAGGCGAGAGAAAGCAAUAAAGCCCAGAACGGCUGUAAAUCCCCCCCCCCUUCCAGGAGGCGGCUUCUCCCUGGACUUCAGAGAAGGGAAACGGACAGGAGGGGGGAGAGAAGCCAACGGGGUCUCAGCCACAGAAGCCUCUUGGUCUUUGCUGUAGAUUUCCUUGUAAAUAUUUGGAGAAUAUUUCCAUUCCAGUCUCUUCCCCAGCAAUCGAACGUGCCUCUGCGUGGCCAGGAUGGGGUGGAGACCCCCGCAAGCCCUUUUCUGGUUAGCUGGAGAAAUCCCAAAUGGGGCAGUUCAGUGAAUGGGGCCCGAAGGCCUCUGGAGACCCCUUUGGCUAGGCUGUGGGGCGGAUGGGGGUCACACCCGCCUGCCUUUCACCCCUUUGGAGGCGGCCACCCCAAGGCUGCCUCGGCUCCCGGCCGGCUGGCUGCUCGGUCGGCCCUGUGCCCACCCGCGGGCUCUGCAUUCCUGCCUCCCGAGAGGCUGCUGUGCUUGCAAACUUGCAUUCCACCCCCCCCCCCAUAAGUGUCCUUCUCAAAACGCUCUGGCGCCCCAAAGGGUUCGGCCAGAGGGGACAGAGAGAGCCUGCUGUUAGGCGAGACUGCUAAGCUGCCUGUGAGCCUCCCAGGUGCCCCUCCUGGGCCAUGGCUCCUCCCUCCCUCCCUCCCUUUCCCGGCCUGGCCCAUCUGCCCCACUAGGCCUCCAGCCCUCGGGCAUCCUGUCCCUCGUUGGGGGGGGAGGCAGUGCCACUUGGAGGAGGCCUCUCCUGGCAGUGCCAGCAGGAAGCCCGGGCAUCGGCAGCGUUUCUGAGGCUGGGGCAGAUCCCUGGGAAGCUGCGCACGGAGAUUCUGCGGGUGGACAUGUCCAGUCUUGACCGUCUGAUUAAAAAGCUUCUCAGAGUGA